GCGGCGGGUGCCCAGGGCCCGGGCGGUGGAGGUGCGGCGCGAGGGGUCCGCGGAGGACGAGCCCUGGGAGAUGUUCUCCAGCAUGCAGCGCGCCGCGCUGGCGACGGGGGCGCCGCAGUCCCGGGUGGCGGCCUUGUGCGACAGUCGAGGCGCCUACGCGGGGUGGCAGUUCCGCUGGCCAGCGUACCUGCCAGCCCGAGACGUCGGGCAGCCCUCGCCGUCCCCGCCAGGGCGGCCGGCACAGGCGCCGAUCCCCGCCAUGGCGCCACUGGCGCUGCCCGACGCGGCCGAAGAGCCGACGCUGGGCGGCAGCCCGACCCUGGCCCCCCGCGGCAGCCCAGCGCUGGCGCCCGGGCAGAGCCCGGGCCUGCGGCCGCAGGAGUGCGCGCCGCAGUUCCGCCAGUGCCCUGGUUGCAGCUUCGCGGUCACGUGGCACCACAGCCACUGCUGCAACGCCUGCGCCCGGGGCCAAGGGCAUGGCCCCAGGCGCGCUCCGAGGAGCUGCAGCCUGGCUCCCCGGGACUGCGGCCGAAGCGCAAGUUCGACUCCAAGCCCGUGGAGGUCCGCCACGAAGGCGAGGCCGAGUGGACGAGGUUCCCCAGCAUAGCGGCGGCUGCUCGAGAUACAGGUGUGCCGAGCGCUGCUAUCGGAAACCUCUGCGACGAGCAGGCGUUGCACAGCGGCUGGGAGUUCCUGGGGCGCGGGGGGCGGCUGGAGAGGAGGGAGAAGAGGCCGAG